AUGGACACUAAUAAUGACAGUCUACUUGAAUAUGAUUUAGCAAGAUAUCCAAUAAAAGAUACAAUUAAAAUGAUGACCUUUUUAUUAGAAAAAGUUAUUAAGGCCAACGACAAUUUAUAUCAACCGUCAUCAUCAUCUAAUAAUUCAGAAUUGAAACGAAAAAAUUCCAGUCAUCAUACAACAUGUUUUCAUGCACGCUCUAUACCAAGUAUAACCAUUCAUGCCUAUCUUAUGCGUAUUCUAAAAUACUGUCCAUGUUCAAAUGAAUGCUUCUUAGCUUUACUUGUUUAUUUCGAUCGAAUGUCAAAGCCCUCAAAUACGCGUGCUGCUAGUAUACGUAUUGAUUCUUAUAAUAUUCAUCGACUUAUCAUUUCAGGUAUUAUGGUAGCAAGUAAAUUAUUUUCGGAUGUAUUCUUUACCAACACACGUUAUGCUAAGGUGGGCGGAUUACCUGUUUCUGAAUUAAAUAUGCUGGAGUUAGAAUUUUUAUCACUUAAUGAUUUUUCAUUAUUUGUGUCUUUAGAAGAAUUACAACACUAUGGGGAUCAAUUAUUAAGUCAUUGGACAAAAGAACAACAAAAUAAUAAUACAGAGAAAAAUGAAAUAAAUGAAAUAGAAGAACUAUCAGCGCCAGUGAGAAGGCGAGCUAGACAUCUGUCAAUAGAUAAACAUGAAGAUGAUUUUGGAAUGAAUAAUCAUAAUGAAAACGAUAAAAUCAAUGAAAGACCUACUUGA